AUAAAAUUAAUACACGAUCAUAGCGCUACUGUUAAAAAUAUCUAAUUUUAUUUUUUCAAUUACAAAUUAUAAAUGUUAGUAAGCGUUGAAUAAACAUGGAGAUCUUUAAUUUUAAUAAACGUAACACUAUUAUCGGCGAACACAUUUUCUAACUUGAAUGUUACGCAAUAUACGUUUAUUCAAACUUUUUAAGUGUUCAUGGUUACUGAACUCUUUUAUCAUUGUUACAUGAAUAAAGUGUUUAAUAAAUUUGCAUUUUUUGUGUAAUCAAAGAAUAUCAGUGUCUAUAGACUUAAUUAAAAGAAAGAAAAAUGCCUGAAUCAAAGAGUACAACUGAAAAUGAGAAGCCCCAAUCAGAAACUAAAUUAUAUAAUGAAGAAUGGAUGUUAAGGCCAUGCGAACUAUAUAAAGAAGAAUAUCAUGAUUGUAAAAGUAUAGCAGCACGCUUUCAUCAGUACUUUGUAUUUGGAGAAUAUCAAGAUUGCACACAAUGGAAGAUUGAUUAUGACAAUUGUCACUUAUGGAAAAAAUAUAAUUCUAAAGAAGCAUUUGACAAAUUAAUAAGCAGUGAAAAACAACGUAGAAUAGCUAGAUUACGAGGUCAUUAUAAUAAUGAUGUUUGGCAAAGAAGAGAUAAACCACCAGAAGACUGGAAUGCACCAUUACCUGAUUGGUUAGAAGAAAAAGCUAAAGUUUCCUAUUUAAGAAUUGCAAGUGAAAAACUAAAAAAAGGGAAAGAACAAAAUAAUAUAGAACACAAUAAUCAAGCAAGUUCUUGUACUUUAAUGUGAUAUUUUUAUUUUAAUAAAAAAUUGUUAUUUAUCUAAAUGUACUAUGUAUGUGAUAGAUUGUACAUAUAUGUUCACAAAUACAUAGUAAUAUGAAUAAAAUAAGUUAAUUAAUCUAUAAUAAAAAAUAUAUAGCCAUUAAGAUUUUAUUAAUGUUAAAGUAAUACUGAUUAGAAGUAAAAUCAUAUUUUUUAAUUUUGUACAUUCGAAAAUUAUAAACUUAUACCGCGUUCAGCUGUUUAAAAAACGCCAUGUUGGUAACGCGGGAAUUUCUUUAUGCUACUUCAUAAAUUAUUUCCAAUAGUUUAUAACACAAAUUUUGUAUUUUAAAAGAAGCUUUUUAAAAUUAGACUUAAUAUUAAUCACAGACAUACCAAUAGAGAUAAAAAUAAUAGAUCAAAGUACAAGGAUUUUUAAUAAUGUUGCUUUACAUUUCAGUCAAUAGAUUUGAAAUAUGUACGAAACUUGUAAAGAAAUAAUAAAUAUAAUAAGUUUUAAAGGUA